CUCCUGGACAGCACGAAGCUUUACUCAGAGGAGAUUUUCGGAAACCCAGGAGAUUAAAAAAACCAACUCUAACACCAACAUCGUCCCUUCCUGGGAUGAAAAAUUGUGAGUUCACCAGCAAGCAUGGAGCUUCAGCUUUGGCCUGUUUUGGUUUCUCUGUUGGAAAAGCUGAACAGGUGGAUGCUCUUGGUGAUUCUUGUCACAUUCCUUUUGAUUAUUGACUUUGUGAGAAAGAGACGUCCCAGGAAUUUCCCUCCAGGGCCACAGCUCUUUCCUUUUGUGGGAACCAUUGUGGACUUAAGGCAACCCCUCCAUCUUGAGAUGCAGAAGCUUUCCGCUCGCUACGGGAACAUUUUCAGCGUGCAGUUUGGAAGUCUGACUUUUGUGGUAGUCAGCGGAUACCAGAUGGUAAGAGAAGCUCUUGUCCACCAGGCUGAAAUAUUUGCAGAUCGGCCAAAUAUUCCACUUCUCCAAGAAAUUUUUAGAGGCUUUGGGCUCAUAUCAUCAAAUGGGCAUAUAUGGAGGCAGCAGAGAAAGUUUGCUUCAGCAACACUGAAAAGCAUUGCUGUAAGUUUUGAGGAAAAAGUGCAAGAGGAGAGCCGGUAUCUUGUGGAGGCAAUCGAGGAAGAGAAAGGACAACCAUUUGACCCUCAUUACAAAAUUAACAGCGCUGUUUCAAACAUUAUCUGUUCCAUAACUUUUGGGAACCGGUUCGACUACCACGACAACAACUUCCAGGAAUUGCUGCACUUGCUUGCAGAAACACUGCUGCUCAUAGGAAGUUUCUGGGGCCAGCUGUAUAAUGCUUUUCCUUUGAUAAUGAGAUGGCUACCAGGGCCCUUCCAGAAAAUCUUCAGGCACUGGGAGAAACUUCAGCAUUUUGUGAAGGGUGUGAUCGCGAAACACAAGGAGGAGUUGGACCAGUCUGAGUCAGGCGACUACAUUCACUGUUACCUGAAGGAAACAGAGAAGUUUAAGGGUGACACAAGUUCUUAUUUCCAUGAGGAAAACCUGCUCUGCUCCACCCUGGACCUCUUCCUGACCGGGACGGAGACGACGGCGACUGCCAUCCGCUGGGCUCUGCUCUACAUGGCUGCGUACCCCCACAUUCAGGAGAAAGUGCAGCUCGAAAUUGACGCCAUGAUCGGCCAGUGCCGCCAGCCCACCGUGGAGGACAAGGAGCACAUGCCCUACACCAGUGCGGUGCUGAGCGAAGUGCUGCGGAUGGGCAACAUCGUGCCGCUGGGGGUGCCCAGGAUGUCCACCAGCGACACCACCCUGGCUGGCUUCCACCUGCCCAAAGGCACCAUGGUGAUGACCAGCCUGACUUCGAUAAUGUUUGACGAAAAUGUGUGGGAGACCCCAGACACCUUUAAUCCUGAACAUUUCCUGGAGAACGGCCAGUACAGGAGGCGGGAGGCUUUCCUGCCCUUUUCUGCAGGCAAGCGGGCUUGUCCGGGGGAGCAGCUGGCCAGGACCGAGCUCUUCAUCUUCUUCACCACCCUGCUGCAGAAGUUCACCUUCCAGGUGCCGGCCUGUGCCAAGCUGAGCUUUGCCUUCACGCUCAGCCUGACGCGCUGCCCAAAACCCUUCCAGCUCCGCGCUCUGCCUCGCUGCUGAUGCUCCUGAGCCCCCUCCCUGCUGCUUCGGCCCGUCAUGCACUGGAAAAUGCCCCAUUUCCCAACCACCCCCUCAGAUUUUGGGCUGCAAUGGCGGGUCACAGACAUCUAGCACCCAGCGGCCUUGCUUUACCUGUGGGCAGUGGUAGGGAGGGCAGGAGGGCCACACGGCACACUGCAAUGAGGACAGCCCUUGGGACACUUCCCUUUGUCUCCUGCCCCCUCCCCUCUAUCAGUUUGACAAAAUACAUGAACUCUAAAGCCUUAUGAUUUCAUUUCCACCCUUAGCAGCUCCCAGGAAGUUCUGGGUUCAUGCCCAGCACCAUUAUGGACACCCAGGUUGCCACAGCAAAUCCUGAGCCUCAGGAGGCCUCAGGCCUGGGGCGGUGCACAUUCCUCACAACACCCCACUGCUUGCUUUUCCUAUGGAAAGCCCAUAUCUAAGCAGACAUUCUUGCGGAGGAAACAUCCAUUUUUUACUCCCAUAUAUGUGGAAAUUUUAAGGAGGUUACCAGGUGGUAGUAGUAGCAGCUCCUACCAUAGGCCAGCCCAGGCAGGAUGGCACAAGGAGCUGCAUCUCCAGCGGGUCUCCAGAAAUACGAUAUUGAAAUUGUACAAGCAGGAAAGGCUUAUCCCAUGUGAGAAAGUAAGUUGUGUUGUUGUGGUAGAACAUGUUUUUGAAGUAGAGUGUGUUUUUGCAGCAGAAAACUAACUUUCUGUGUUCAGAGAUAGUUGUGUAGUCAUAACAAAGAGAAAUGUUAAGUAGAUAAGUAGACAGUAGAAGGUCUCAAUGUUCCAAAAUAAGGUAGAAGACUGAGAAAAACAGGAUGAGCUGUGUGGGAACAGUAAAAAAAACAAAGAUCACAAGUUCUCAAAACAUA